UUUGAGAAAUUAGAAAUUGGGGUUUAAUAAAGGUUUUAGGGUUCAUAGAAUUAAAAAAAAUGGCAACUCUGGGAAUUGCAGGAAGAUCCACUUCAACAUUGAUGCGUGCAACAUGGAGAGCUACCACAACAAGAUCAACAAUCAAUCUAUCACCGUCACUUCGCUCUCGGAUUAAUCCCAAUUUCCCUCUACCCCGGUCUCCAACUUCGCCUUUUUCUUUUAAUGGAAGCUUUUUGAGGAGAGAAUUGUGCUCAUUAUUGCCGCUUCAUAGUAGGAUUGCUUCUUCUUGCCUUGUUUCAAAGCUUCCCCGUGAUGUCACCGCGUCCGCCGAAGGUAGAUUUGCUAAUUAUCUGAGUCCUAUCUAGUACUGGGUGCUUGCAAAGGUGAACGACGAGCUUUGUUAUAGUAAACUCUGUAAUCAGUUCUCUAUAGAAAUCCGAACAAUAUUGUUAACCUGUCUUUAAGUAUAGCAGCUCGUACGGAGUUUUCUCUUAACAUUCUUUUAGUCUAGCUUGCCUCGAAUUUGCUUUCCGAUGAGUGGAAACAUGAUUUUUGUUUAUGUAUCUUGGAUCAUCUGAGAAAUAAAUUGGGAUGAAGAUAUGGUUUUGAUGCCUGUCUUUAUGGUA